UCUUCUCGUGAACCUUGUGAAGGUUGGAGAGCUGGAGGACUUCAGCACUCAGCCGCAGCCGCUGCACACAGAGUCCAUCACUCUGAAGACGUCGUCCAGCUCGUCUGGGAAGAAAGACCCGGGUGGGGACAUUUUGUUCGCCAUCCUUUAUCUCCGAAGGUCGUCCAUGAAUCAAAUGAGCUCGAACAAGGAGGCGUUUGAAGCCUCAAAGAAAAAGGACUCCUCGUUUUUCCGGGUGCACCAGGUCCUCCCCGUGUCCACGUUCAAGGUGAGAGAACCGGGCGACCUCAUCCUCUCGCUGCCUUUCCUCCAGUUCCUUCAGGCUCUUCCUCUCCAGUACAACUACGCCCUCUACAGGGACAUCUUCCAGCGCUUCGGGACACAUUACUACAGCUCGGGGACACUGGGAGGCCACUACGACCUGCUGUACCAGUACAGCAGGGAGGAGCUCACCAGUUCAGGUGAAACAGAAGAGCACAUCACAGGCUGCCUGAGCCGAGAGACCAGCUGGACGGUCAUCUUGUACACGGAACACAGCAGCGUGCGCCGCUGCUCUGACAACAGGAUGACUGAGAAAUACAAAGGCUCGUACAUCCAGGCGGCGGAGAAGUCUUUCUCCAUGGUGAAGGGAGGACGAGUCAGGGAGGCAGCAGCUCUGGCCUGGGAGCGGCAGGGCCCCGCUCCGGACCGGACCUCCUACAAGAACUGGGCCAAGUCUGUCCUCGACAACCCUGCUGUGGUCGACUACAAGCUGCUGCCCAUCAUAGAUCUGGUCCGAGGGAUCCCCUGCGCUGUGACGAAGAGGAGACACUUGAGGAAGGCCCUCCUGCAGUACCUGGAGGAGUUCGAUACCUGCAAGUGUGCGCCGUGUCCGAACAACGCCAGGCCCGUCCUGUCCGGCACGGAGUGCAAGUGUGUUUGCCAGACCGGCACCUUCGGCACCAACUGUGAGAGACGGGCUCCCGACUACACUUCAGAGAAGGUGGACGGUUACUGGAGCUGCUGGGGGUCGUGGAGUCGCUGCUCGGCCUCCAUGAAGAGACACCGGGUGAGGAGGUGUGAUAACCCCGCCCCGCUCAGAGGAGGUCAAGCCUGCAGCGGCCCCGCCAGGCAGGAGGAGCCGUGUCACAUCUCCAUCUUUGAAUCACAGGAGACGUGUGAUAAUGAUGACGACUUCACCGUGGGCUGGAGAGACGAGCUGCCCCCUGGUGUUCAGGGCUGUUUGAGGCCACAGAGGCCCGACAGCAGCUUCCUCAGGAAAGCGAAGCAGUACUACGACUUCGGUGAGGAUGAGGAGUUCGAGUGCUUCAGUGGGUUUGAGCUGGAGGGUUUUCAGUUCAUCAACUGUCUCCCUGAUGGAACCUGGAGUCCGCCGCAAGGAAAAUGCACAAGGAAACUCUGUCUUCCUCCUGAGAUCCCCGAUGGGAUGACGCUGUUCCCAAACAAAGACCAGUACAGAGUGGGGGAGUCGGUGGGUUUGAACUGCAACGAGGUGAACAUGCUGCCGCAGCCGAAAGGUUUCUACAAGUGCAGCGACGGCCUCACCUGGGAGCCUCCGCUACCUGCCGAGCUGCGCUGCACCGACGAGCAACCGUUUGUCCCGGACGGUCAAUGUGGACCAGGACAGAAGCUGCAGGACUCUCAAUGUGUCUGCGUCGAGCGGGAGAGCUGCCCAUCACAAACGGCAAAUCUCUGCGUCCUGAAUGUGGACAUCGGCGUCACCGUGUCGAUGUCCCUCUGCUCCUUCCAAGCCGGCCGUUGCCAUGGUGACCCGCUCUUCUACGUCAGCGACGGCGAGUGUGACGCGUCUGACCCGAGGAAACUGGACUGGGCCAAGUUCAGAGCCAAGAUGUCGUCCAAGAGCUCGGUUCAUGAGCCGUGUGACCUCAACACCUGCUACGAGUGGGAGACUUGUUCUGCAUUUAAGAAGUGUGAGUGUCGAGCCGCUCGCGACUGUGGCAGAUCUGAGAAGCACACGUUCUGCGUGAAGCUGACCAGGAGCCAGAGGACUCGGGAUUUGGACCUUUGCUCCAUGGCCGCUCUGAAAUGUGCCAGCUACGAGUUUGAGAUUCUCAGUGAGGGAGCGUGUGAGUCCAGAUGAUUCCAUGAUUCUGGAGGGGCUGGAACCGUCGGGCCUGUCGGUGCGAUGACGGGGGUUUGACAAAAGCGUCUCAAAUCCUCUUUGACCACAGGAGGAGAUCAUUUUCACUGUUAAACGUUUUUCACUUGUAAUGAAAAUUAAUAAAAUCAGAACAUUUUC